UGCCAUACACAACAUUGUUAAUGACAGUGUUUCCAGAAGGAUCACGACAUCUGGAGCUUUAAGCUUGAGAACAUGGGGUUCUGUAGCAUGUUGCUCUUAUCCAAUAUCCUCAUAACUGCAUGGCUUUCUCCAGCUAAAGGGGAAGUCCAAGUGAAACCUUGUGAUUUUCCACAAUUCAAAUAUGGACAUCUGUAUUACGGAGAAAGAGUGAGACCCUACUUCCCAGUAUCUAUAGGAAAGAAAUACAGCUAUUACUGUGAAAAAGAGUUUUCAACACCUUCAGGAUCAUACUGGGACUACGUUCUUUGUACAGCACAUGGGUGGGAGCCUGAAGUCCCAUGCCUCAGGAAAUGUAUUUUCCAUUAUGUGGAGAAUGGAAAAUCUUCAUACUGGGAAAAAUUAUAUAUACAGGGCCAAACUGUAAAAGUCCAGUGUCACAAUGGCUAUAGUCUUCCAAAUGAUCAGGACACAAUGACAUGUACAGAGAAUGGCUGGUCCCCUCCUCCUAAAUGCAUCCGUAUCAGUAAGUAACCAGCCCUUACAUCA